AUGGGAGGAUUCUGCCCUAACUCAAACAUAAAAGUACUUCCGUCGCCAGUAAUUCAAGAAGAGAAUACUGUGGACCCACAAAUAGAAAUUGAUACUCUUAUUAAUUAAGAAACCAAUUACAAACUUAGUUUAAUUCAUAAUUUCUCUCUAGAGAAUCCCACGUUAUAAACGUGUGAUGAAGUAAUCUUAGAAAUCCUCUCCAUAUCAAUUUCAUUUAUGGUUAAGGAUUUUUCUGAAUAAUCCAACUUUCUUAAAAUCCAAAUAUAAAAGCAGAUCUAAGACUUAGUUGGUCAUAAGGUUGAUUUUCAAGAAGAUCUUCUAACCAUGCUUAUAAAUUAUUAUGAUUUUCUGAGUUAUGUAUAGGAGAAUGGAAGAACAAAAGUUGUUUCUUGGUGGAAAGAUCCUGUUGGCGUAGUUGAAGUAGAGUAAGCAAUAAAGCAUUGGUCCCAAGAAUUUAUUAAGUAUGGAGGCAAAUUGAGGAGGGAGAAGGCUUUCAGGAAUCUUACCAAUGAUCCCAAACCUCCAGAACGCUUUGUAAAGACGAGAGAAUGGAUAAAAAAACAAUCAGAGGGUUAGGAGGAGGAGGAAGUGAAGCCAAAAAGAGAGUAACUGGCACUAAUUAACAACCCUGAAGAAGGCUUUGAAGAAUCUUGA